CCUAAAGUAAAAUCACCAAAGCCUUCACCAUUUUUGCUUUUGCAGAUCGCAUACUACGAUGGCUAAAGACGACGGGCAAUUAAUUGCAGCGAGGCGAGCAUACAGGAGCGCAAAGGAAGUGGGUCAUCGACAGGAGGAAGCUCGGUGGGCGAACUUGAUAGGGAACAUACUGAAGAACAGAGGAGAGUAUGUGGAGGCACUCAAGUGGUUUCGAAUUGAUUAUGAUAUCUCUGUCAAGUACUUACCUGAAAAGCAUUUGUUGCCCACUUGCCAAUCUCUUGGAGAGAUCCAUCUCCGCCUCCAUCAGCUUAAGGAUGCUUUAAAUUAUCAGCAAAUGCAUUUGAAGCUUGCCAAAGAUUCCAAUGACAUCAUUGAACAGCAAAGAGCCAGCACCCAACUGGGUCGCACGUACCAUGAGAAAUUUUUAAAACAUGAUAAUGAUCAUGAUUCAGUUAAAAAUGCAAAGAAGUAUUUCAAGUCAGCUAUGAAGCUUGCUCAAACUCUCAAAGUCAAUCCUCCAACUGAUAAAUCCUCUUUCCUUAAAGAAUACAUAGACGCACAUAACAAUAUUGGAAUGCUUGAAAUGGAUCUUGACAACCUGAAAAGCGCCAAGAAUAUCCUUACCAAUGGACUAAGAAUCUGUGAUGAGGAAGAGGUCAAUGAAAAUGAUGAUGCCCGGAGCAGGCUCCAUCACAAUCUUGGAAAUGUUUACAUGGAGCUGAGAGAGUGGGAUAAUGCACGGGAGCACAUUGAGAAGGAUAUCCUAAUUUGUAAGAGAAUUGGGCAUUGCCAAGGGGAGGCAAAAGGAUACGUCAAUCUUGGUGAAUUGCACUAUAGGAUUCAGAAGUAUGACGAAGCAAUCCGUUGCUAUCGUAGGGCACUUGUUUUAGCAAAAUCCAUGGAAGAUGAGAAUGUUUUGGUUGAACAGAUUCAUCAAAAUAUUGCAACUGUAAAAGAAGCCGUCAAGGUAAUGGAAGAAUUGAAGAAAGACGAGCAAAAUCUUAAGAAGUUAACGAGGAAUGCGGUGAAUGCAAUGGGCAGACCAUGUGAGCGGAAGUUUUUGUUGCAGCAAAAUGAAUUACUUGAUCGUCUUAUCGAGAAGUCAAGCAUGAUCUUUGCAUGGAAUGCACAUUGUAAUUAUGCAAAAUUGAAGAAGAGGAUAGCAAAACAGCUCUGCGACAAAGAAAAGUUGGGGGAUUCAUAUCUGGUUCUUGGAGAGUCAUACCGGAAGCUCAGGAACUUCAGUAAAGCCAUUAAAUCAGUCACAAAGAGUUGGAAAACAUACAACUCAAUUGGCAACUUGGAGGGUGAAGCACUAGCAAAAAUUAGCAUUGGUGAUAUUUUGGACUGCGAUGGCGAUUUUACGGGAGCGCUAAAUGCAUUUGAAGAGAGUUAUAGGAUUGCUGUUGAAGCUAACCUUCCAUCCCUUCAGCUUUCAGCGCUAGAGAAUAUGCACUAUAGCCACAUGAUAAGAUUUGAUAAUGUUGAAGAGUCCAGUAAGCUUCAGCGUGAAAUUAGCCAUUUGAAGCAGUCAAAAAGAAGGGAGCUGGAAAGACAAAAUUUGGCAAGGGAUUGCUGCUCUGAGACUGAUACAGAUGGGGAUGUGUCAGAUAUUAGGGAUAAUGCAUCUCACUCACCGCAAACUAGCAAAUCCAGUUCUGCACAAUCAAAACUUUUAGCUGAUAACUGCAAUACUUUUGAUGAGCCAGCAGAGGAUUCUCCAAAAUGCUUGUCUAAAACCAGUAGUCAGCAGACCAUUAUUGGUCGUAAGCGUCGAGUAAUUCUUUCAGAUGAUGAAGACAGCUGCUACAGAAGGUUUCAUAGAUGCCCAGCGGAGGAUGUUACUACUGAUGAUGGAUCUAAGAAGGAAAACAAUGUAGCUAAUUCUACAAGCAAAUCUCAGGAUUUAUUGAAAGUUGCAUCUGAAUGUGCCAUCAGCUCCUGUAAUCCUGUCAAUAUUGAAGAAAGCACUUGUUCAUAUAAAUCUCCAAGUACUAAAAAGCAAUGCAUCACAUUCAGAAUUAACAAUAUCUUGAUAAAUGUUGGAGGCUCAUAUUUGGUUGUUGAUGAUUUGAGCAUCGAGUCUUUAAAGGUUGAGCUAGCUUGUUCAUAUUAUUUGCAGCUCCCUAUAGAGAGGAGAUCAAAAGGCCUCCUGCCCAUCGUUCAACAUAUGACAUGUGCUGGAAAAGUUCUAGAAUCCUCAGAAGCGUUUAAAACCCUUGAGAAUGACCAAGGAAAUAUUCUGAUAGAAGUUGCUGUUAAUGGAUGGGUUCCAAAGCGCCUAAUGAAGUUGUACAUUGACUUUUGCGAGGAGUUAUCUGAGGCACCUAAUAUGAAAUUGCUAAAAAAGCUAUACAUUUCAGAGGUUGAGGACGAAAUAAUUGCAUCUGAAUGUGAAUUGCAAGAUAUAUCGAUAACUCCAUUGUUGAAUGCCUUAAAUAUGCACAAAACAGUUGCCAUGCUAGACCUUUCUCAUAAUUUAUUAGGAAAUGGAACAAUGGAGAAACUUCAACAGUUUUUCACAUCAGGACAAAAAUAUGGUGAUUUGACUUUGGAUUUGCAUUGCAAUCGGUUUGGACCAACAGCUUUGUUUCAGAUUUGUGAAUGCCCUGUGCUCUUUGCUCGAUUAGAAGUGCUUAAUAUCUCUGGAAAUCGUCUCACUGAUGCAUGUGGCUCUUACCUUUCGACCAUAUUGGAAAACUGCAGAGCACUUUAUAGCUUGAAUAUAGAGCGAUGUUCUAUCACAUCAAGGACAAUUCAGAAAGUGACUGAUGCACUAAAUUCAGGUUCCAUUUUGUCGCAACUAUCUAUAGGAUAUAAUAACCCUCUAUCUGGAAAUGCUAUCGUUAAUCUAUUGACCAAACUUGCUGCUUUGAAAUGUUUUGCAGAGCUGAAUCUGAAUGGAUUAAAGAUAAGCAGGGCUGUCAUUGAUAGCCUUGGCCAACUUGCUACAAAGUCAAGCUUGUCGCGACUAAUGCUUGGAUGCACUGCCAUAGGAACUGAUGGAGCAAUUCAAUUAACUGAAUCAUUGUUCAACAGUUCUCAAGAGUCUGUGAAACUUGACCUGUCAUAUUGUGGACUAAGAGCUGCAUAUAUUCAUAGACUUAACAUUGAUGAUACUCUGAUUUCUGGCAUUCACGAGCUGAACCUUGAAGGAAAUCCUAUUUUGCAAGAGUGUAGCAGUGCAAUAGCAUCCUUGCUUAUGAAUCCACGAUGUGGUCUCAAAGUUCUGGUUCUAAACAAAUGUCAGCUGGGGCUGACCGGAGUUCUUCAAGUGAUUAAGGCACUGACAGAGAAUGACCAACUAGAAGAGCUCUAUCUAGCUGAUAAUACCAACCUGCAGAAGAAAUGUAUAUUGCAGGAUGACUCAGCAUCUAAAGGAAGUACAGAUAUCCUACAACCAAACCUCAAUGUUUCCGAACCAUCUGCAAUGAUGCGUGUAUCCACAGAAGCUGGCACCGACCAGCAGGUUUUAUGUGCUGUGAACACUGACAGUAAUCAACUCGAAGUUGCUGAUAGCGAAGAUAAUCUGGUCAGUGGAGAAGCUGGCGGAGAAUUUGAUGAUAGCUGCACAAGUUCUUGUAAAAAGAAUUCAUCUUCAGAAUGCCAAUCCAUUCAAGAACUUUCAAAAGCCAUCAGCAUGGCAAAGCAGUUGCAGUUAUUGGACCUAAGCAAUAAUGGUUUCUCAUGUGAAGCUGCACAAGUGCUAUAUACUGCUUGGUCAUGUAGAUUAGGAACUGGUUUAGCUUGGAGGCACAUUAAGGACCAGAUAAUCCAUUUCUCAAUGGAAACCAACAAGUGUUGUAGAGUAAAACCUUGCUGCAGAAGGGAUUAAUUUCAAUUGCAACUUAAUCUAUGAGCAGAGCAUCGGAUGCAACAUUCUUAUAACUGUAUAUAGCAACUGAGGAAAUAUAUAGAAUGAUAAAUGUUUGAGCU